AUGUCAGAGAGAACAGCUAGCAGAGAGAGUGCAGAAGGAGGAAAAGUGAUUGUAGAAGUUGAUGACAAAGUGGCAAAAGUCAGAAAUAUAAAGGUUGACAGUAGGCUCGAUGGCACCUGGGACUCAAGAGAAAAGACUGUGGCCUUCAGCUUUGACUACUGCUACUGGUCAGUUGAUCCUGAAGAUCCAAAGUAUGCAUCUCAGGAAAUGGUGUUCCAGGACCUUGGCACGUCUGUGUUAUCUGGUGCAUUCAGAGGAUACAACAUCUGCCUCUUUGCAUAUGGACAGACAGGUUCAGGAAAAACUUACACAAUGAUGGGAACACCUGCAUCCAUUGGGCUGACGCCUCGUAUAUGUGAGGGCCUCUUUUCAAGGAAGGAUGAUUACUCAGGCCAGACAGCAUCUUGCAGAGUAAAGGUCAGUUUUCUUGAAAUUUAUAAUGAGCGUGUCCGAGAUUUGUUAAAACAAUCAGACCGAAAGAAACCUUACACACUUCGAGUCCGAGAACACCCUGAAACAGGACCAUAUGUGCAAGGAUUGACUCAACAUUUAGUUACGGACUACAAGCAAGUUGUAGAACUUCUAGAAGAAGGAAUAGCUAAAAGAAUCACAGCAGCUACACAUAUCCACAAUGCCAGCAGCAGAUCCCAUGCUAUCUUCACCAUCCACUACACUCAGGCUACAUUGGAGAACAAUCUCCCCUCUGAAAUUGCAAGCAAGAUCAACUUAGUGGACCUUGCAGGCAGUGAAAGAGCUGAUCCCAGUUACUGUAAAGAUCGAAUUACUGAAGGUGCCAAUAUUAACAAGUCAUUAGUUACACUUGGAAUUGUCAUCUCCACUUUAGCACAAAAUUCACAGAUGUUCAGCAGCUGCCAGAGCAUAAACACCAUAACAAGUGAAGGGGAGAGCAGUCAUGCAGACAGUCCAUCCACAGGCAGUGUCAGUGGGACCAGACGACCGGCUUACAUCCCAUACCGUGAUUCCAUCCUCACCUGGCUUCUGAAGGACAGUCUAGGGGGCAACUCCAAGACCAUUAUGAUUGCCACUAUCUCUCCUGCCAGCUCCAGCUACAAUGAAACCAUGAGUACCUUGAGAUAUGCUUCAAAUGCCAAAAAUAUUAUUAACAAGCCCAGAGUGAAUGAGGACGCAAAUGUAAAACUGAUCAGAGAACUGCGAGAAGAAAUCGAUCGGUUGAAAACUAUGCUGAUGAGCUUUGAACUGAGGAAUUUGAGUCCUUCUUGGAGCGAUGACAGGGACGGAAAUCUGACCGAGCUGGUUCUUCAGAAUGAAAUGAAGAUUGAGCAGUUGACCAAAGACUGGACAAAUAAGUGGACAGACAGGAAAGCCAUCAUGGAAGAAUACAGUGUGGACAUCAACAAAGAAAAAGCUGGAGUAACAAUAGAUUCGAGUUUACCUCAUCUAAUGGCCAUGGAUGAUGAUAUCCUCAGCACAGGAGUGGUGCUGUAUCAUCUCAGGGAAGGAACAACCAAAAUUGGAAGAAGUGAUUCAGACCAAGAUCAAGACAUUGUUUUGCAGGGACGAUGGAUUGAAAGGGAUCAUUGUAUGAUAGACAACAAUUGUGGGAUUGUGACACUGCGACCAGUUCAGGGCGCACACUGCACUGUGAAUGGAUGUGAAGUCACUAGAUCAUGUCGUCUGUCACAAGGGGCCCUUGUAGUCCUUGGCAAGUCUCAUAAAUUUAGAUUCAAUCACCCAGCAGAAGCUGCUAUCUUAAGACAAAGAAGAUCAAUUAAUGAAACUCCACCCAUUCUGAGUUGUGGAGCUUUGGACUGGCUCAACUUGGAUGGAAGUUGCACUCAUUCUCCUCACUAUAUCCUUUCUUCUCUUAACAAUCAAAAAUGUAGAAACUGCAAAGAAAACAAAUGUUCUCCUGAUCUAAGCAGAGAAAUAGAUGCUGUGCAUGAAGAGUACAAGCAGAAACUGAGAGACCAGGAAGCUUUCCACAGAAAACAAAUUAAAUGGCAGCAGCUCUAUGUUGAGAAUUUAAAGCAGCAGAUCGUGAGAGGACAGAGCAAAGCAGAGCAGGAACUAGAAAAUGACCAAGCACUAAUCAACCAGCAGAUCCAAGAAAACCGGCAGUGGCUUAUAAAUGAGAAUAAACGACUGGCUGCACUUCAGCAACAGCAGAGGGAGUUUGCAGUGCAAACAGAGGCUAAGCUGUAUGCUGAGGCUGAAGUGCAGAGCACAAUUGGGCUGGACAUCUGCCCUUCCCUGCUACAGCAGAACAAGAAGAGACUGGUGCAGCUGGAGCUCUUGCGAAGAUACUCCUUAAAAAAGGCAGAAAGAAACAUAAGACGGAAAAAGGUCAAAUUCCAGCUGGAAAGGAUAGUCAAGAAGCAGAAGUUACUGGAAGCCAAGCAAAACCUAGAGCAGCUGGAAGCUAGCUGCUGGCUCAGUGAAGAGUGUGUGAAACAAUCCCAAGUCCUAAAUGAUAAUACUGCUAUACCAUGCUCUUCGGAUCACCAGUUGCAAAAGAGAAGGAAGUCAUUGGGUUCGAGUUCCUUGCAGCACAGGCAGCAUUCAUUCUGUAAUCCACAUCUGCCCCAGGUACCCAGCUGUUUGUUGAAGAGGGAGACUGUCUCAAAGUUAUCUACCUCACCAAAUAUUGAUCAAUGCUGUGAAGGCAGUACCACGGGGAGGUUGUCAUCUUUAGAAUAUCUUUACAGAAGAGCUAAAGGUGUUUCUGUGAGUAAUGACCUUAAUGAUGAAAAAGGGAUCUCCUUUUCAAUCCAGAGGCAGCUAACUGAAAAACAAAAACCACCUUCAUUUGGAAAUAAAAAAGGAGCAGAACAAGACUCUAAUUAUUCAGCUAUCAUGGCUUAUAGCAACAAAAAUGAUCAAAAAAUUGAAAAGUUGGAUGACAACCCAGGGCGAGCUGGAUCUCAAAACCAGACCUCUAAAGGCUCUUUUCCUGAUCUUUUUAAGGAGAAAGAUGAGCCUGAAACCUUUAUUACAGGGACGAGAAUGACAAAAGCAAAAGUGCUAGGAGAUUUAAGUCAGCCUGCAAGUAGCAAUCUAGAACAAAAUAAAGUUCAGGUAUCCAAUAAAAAGACUAGAAUAGAUAUCAAUGGAGAAGGCCACAGGUCUUCUCCAGAAAACUUUCCUAAAGAAAUUAAGAAAACAGCGUAUGGAAACCCACCAUCAUCGCAUCUAAACCAAACAGCCAAGAACUGGAAGAGAGAGACAAACUCAGCCUUGCCAAGUCAUGAGAAAUCAUCAGUGGAACAGCAAGAAUUUCUGAUGGUGGCAGCAUCAGUGGGAAAUCUCACUAAGAUGAACACACAGGCACCACUCUCUUACGUUGGAAAAAAGUGGCACAGUGCUGAGAUGCUAAGUGCUGGAGUGUCCAAAACAGCCACAGAUGUGCUAGGGAACUGGCAAGAGGAUGAUGAAAAUGAGAUUUCUGAUACUGACAGUUCCUAUUCUGUAGAUUCUCUGUCUUGUGCUUAUGCAAAAGCUUUCACAGAGAAACUGAAACAAGAAGAUUUUGACAGAAAUAAAUUUCUUGCAAACCCAGAAGACUCUGAGAGUGACGACAGUCAAAUGUCACAAGACUCUCUAGUAGAAAAGGAAAUUAAAGCCAAAAGGGAAAAUAAAAGCCGAUUUCACAAGUCAAAGGCCCACCAUGAGCCAGAUAAACUUUACAAAAGCAAAACUGAUCACCAUAUUUCAUCUUUGGUGACAUCAUACGCAUCUUGUAGGAGACUGGGAAAGCCUGAAAGAAGCUUUUCUCUAGACAGCUUAGGUGAUGGAGAAGAGAUGCCAACAGAAGAUCCAGUAGAAGAAUCCAAAUCUGAUUCAUCUGACGAAGUGCCAGCAGAGAUUUUUUGGAAGUUACAAACUCCUAGAUCACGAGCUUUACAGACUGAGGAAGACCCUAAGUCCAAGACCUGUGACAGAGAUACAGAAGAGGCAAAUUAUGAUCUGAAGUUGAGCAGUUCCUUUUAUUUGGAUGCUAAACCACAGCCUGCUUCCAGUGAUGCUUGCAAGCAGUUGCUGAAGAGGACAAAAGUCUCCUUUGUAGAACAAGAAAGGCCUCUUGAUAGAAGAUUGUAUGACACAAGUGGCAAUCCUUUGCUUACUACUGAUGCUUGGUCUUCCUGUGACUCAAAGGUUGACAUCAGCAGCCCCAGAAUAACAGUGCCUUCUUCACAUGAAAAUUUGGAAUUUCGAGAAGCUCAUCUGUGCUCUUUGAGCAAACCAGAGCUUUGGCUGAAGAAAGAUGAUCUAAAGCAGUCAGCUGCUGAAGUUUCUUUUGUUUCUGGCUCUAAGCAGAUACACAGCAUUACUCGUUUAUCACAUCGUAUGAACGAAAUAAACACAGUUUUCUUUUCUGACACAUCAGAAGUACCUUUACCUGAAACAACAACAACUGCAAGCAGAGUUUCUGGGAGUGGAUCAUUAAAUAAGAUUCUUAAGGGAUGGACAAACUCUAAUGAAAAUUCUUCCUUGGAAUCUCAGGACAUGAUGUCUUCAUUUGUUAGCUCAAUUGGACCAAGCUCCUCUUCUGUUCCUGUUUCAGCAAAGCAUGAUUAUUAUGAACAUUCAAGGUCAAAUAAUCCUGAACAACUGAAUGAGUUAUCUACUUAUAGGUCUACCACUGAAUGCACACAAAGAUUCAGCUGUUUGGAAAGCACCUCCACCACAGACUGUUUGUCGCUGGUAUCUAGGAAAAAGGAGGAUUCUUUGCCCACAACUCAUCCAGAGCUGCCAAAAGAUCACAAUCUAAAAAACCCUUUUAUUUCUGUGUUGCCUGUGCACAUUUUGAAGCAGAUGAAUGGCUGUGUAGAUGAAGAUUUAGAAGGUGAUUUCUUCAGAACUUUUGAAAAAGAUGACCUUGAUGAUGACUACAACUUUAUGACAAAAUCAAGUAUGACAGAUUCGGGCAGUGGAAGUGCAUCUGUCAGCACACCUGCUGCUGAAUCUUCUAUAGGACUUGCUCAUAAUGUGACCUCAGCACAGACAUCUGUAGUAAAACAAGUUCAAUCUGGAAACCAUGGGCAGCUUUUUCCAAGAAGGGAAAUACCAACAUGUUGUGAUGCAGGUUUCUUUCUCAGUGAUUUAAGAAAUAAGAACUGCUCUCCAAUGAGCAGUUACGAGCUUCAGACAUUGGCUGGAGAAGGAGCAGAAUCAGCUGUUACAGUAGGUCUCCUCAGAUCUGGGGAGAGUAAUUUGGAAACAAUGCAAGAAAUGGAUUAUGAACAAAUAUCUGCAGAAGAAAUAGCAACAGAGACAGAUUUCUCCUCACAGAAGACACUAUAUCGAUGUGACCCUUUAGUUGUUGCUCACAGUGCAAGUUAUGACCAAUCUGCAACACCAAUAGAGAUAUCUCAAAAAGAGAUUACCUGUAUUGGAACAAGCAUGGAUAGCUUGGCAGAGAUUGCGCCAGAGGUGCCUUCAUUCAGAAAUAAUGAAGAAUAUGAACCAAAGGAUGAAGACUUGUCCUCACUGAAUCAUUAUGAAUUCAAAAGCAAACCUGUUUCAAAAAAUUGUUCCUAUGAAUGUGCUCAAGCAGACAGUUGGGCAAGUUGCUUAUCCCAAGAAAUUUCAGAAAAUUCUGCAUUAUGCAUUGAUAAUAUAAGAGAAGAAAGCAGUGAAAGCAAACACAAUGUGUUGAAUUCUCAGGCUGUAGUUCAGAAAGAGUUUUCACCCAAAUAUGAAAACCUAGUGGUAAAUGAAGUAAGUUAUCUCAUAGUGAAUGUAAAUGGGAAAGACACAGAGUCCUUCCCUGCUGCUAUUUGUGAAAAUACAAAUGGUUUUCUCCCAGAAUCCAAUUCAAGUAUAUUUUACAAAGCUUCAACAAAAGCUGAUCUUUUUCAAAGUGCAUCUGAGACUGAAAAUUAUGAUAAACUAUUGGAGCAUGUCACAAUAGUGAAAGGAGAUUGCAAUGCUACAUCUAAUCUUACUGUGGAAGUCAAUACCACAGAAGGUUGUUCCGAUGUAUAUGCUGGCUGCCUUUGCACAACAUGCUCUUCAGAAUCAACAGGGCAGAAAAACAGUAGGCAUAAGAUGACUGACAUUUCUGUAGAGUUUGAUGCAGCCAUUCACUUGGAAACAGAAACACAGAACAAAUCAUUACUUGAACCAAGAGAAGAGAAAGAAGCUUUUUCUGAAAGUGAUUGCCCAGAGGAUAUCUUGCUUGUUGAAGAUGAUGUAAACUCAGAAUCAGGAAGAGUAUUUGAAUACAGCACAAAUACAUCAGCUACUGUUUCUGAAGAGGAGAGUCCGUAUAUAAAUAAAGAAUCCAAGUUCUUGAGAAACCCAGAAACUGAUGCAGAAGAGCCUAUGGUUCCUUAUCAGAACACAAAUACAAACACUGAUGAAGAAAUUACAAAAUUAAUCAAUAGUGCAAUCAACUUUGAAAAAUAUGCUUUGGAAAUCACAUCCAGGCAGAUUGAAAUUUUACCUGACUACCCAGUAGCCAACAUCCAAAGUGUAACUGAAGAUGGGAGCGGAGAGGAUUUUAAAGACGUUAGUGUAUCUCAGAAUCCAAAGAAACCUCUUGACACUGUAGCUUGUGAAGUUCAGUGUGAAUUUUAUACAGAUCUGUGCCUGACACAUGAAGGGACGGAGAUGGAUGAACUACAGGUAGCCAGCACUGGGGUAGAGCACACUCAGGAAUCAAAAGCACUCGUGCAUUCUGGCAGCCGACUUGAAACAAGCAGCUUUUGCCAAAAAGAAAAAAGCGAGAAAAUAGAAAUAGGUAUUUAUUCACCAGAGUUUUCUGUUGCUCCCAAAUCCACUCCUUCAGCUGUGUGUUCUCACACAACAGAUAUUACCCAGAAUAUUUCAGGCUUCCUUGGUACUUGCGAGGGGCUUUUACAGAUGAACAGGACAAUAGAAAAUGUGUUUAACACAGAGGAGGUAGCUGCAACAGUACUAAUCACAAGUAGGCAAGGAAAUAUUUUAGCAAAACCUGAAAAUGAAGGAGAAGUAAAUUCUAGCAAUUUAAUUGAACAGUGUGUACCAAACUGUUUGCCCCAGGAAGACAAGGUUAAUGAAUGUGAAGUGACUCGGACCGAAGAACAAAUUAUCAUGACAAACACUGUGGGGCUGAUAAUUACAAGGCAAGAAGACAUACACACAGAUGAAAAUCUUUCAUUUACUGAAGGGUCUCCAGCUUUACAUCAGAUGUAUUGUGACAGAGAUGACAAAGAGGAAAUUUUAAAUCAAUUUCAGAUCCCUGAAAAAUACCUGACAGCUUCACGACUAGAACAGAAUAUACUGUUAGAAGAUGACUCAAGAUGCCAUGAUCCUACUGAACCGAGUGAAGACAGUGGCUCAGUAGACUCUGUUACAGAUACAAGAAAUGCAGUCAUGAAAGAUAUCGAUACAUAUGAAUAUCAAGUUGAUGAUAGUACUGGUAUUGACCAAUAUAGAAUUGAACAAGAAUUUAAAAGUCUCCACAUUAAAGAGGACAGCCAUACGUAUAUGAGUUGCUCUAUGCGAUAUCCUGAGCAUGGCACUUCAGAAAACUUGAACACAGGUAUCGUUAGAAAAGGACCUGAUAUUUGUGAAUUGGAUCCAGUAGGCUCCAGAGUUGAGGAGGAGAAAGUGCAUUUGAUGAAUCUAGUACAAAUGGCCAAAACAGACAAAGAAAAGCAGAUGUUUGUAGAAAACACAGAGGAGGUAGAACUGAUUGUUUUACAAGACCUGAGUGGACUAUUCCCUGAAAACAAAGACAGCUGCCAAAUGACACAUGAUGACAGCAGAUUAAAUGAAAUCUUAAGAGAAAGCCAGUGGGUGUCUACCAGCUUUUCUAGAAAUAAUGAAGAUAUCAGCAAGCAACAAAAUCCACCAAGAACACAGAAGUCUACUGAACAAAACCAAGAAGGUUCACUUAAAGACUCCCCAUGCCAGUCUGUAAACCACCUUUUAUAUCUUGGAGUGAGUAAUGAUUCCCAUCUUAUUCAACAUGUUCCCACUGCAUUGACAGAACAUACAAAACCACCUAACAGCAGUGUUGGAACUGGAGCUGUUCUGCCUUACUACGAAACAUUAAUGGAGAGUGAGGUCUGUGUUGGUACGCCUGUUGCGGCCAAUAAAAUCGGAGAAGAUGAAUAUCUUUCUGAUAAAACGCAAAGCAGGAGUGUAGCUUUUCUGCAAACCAGGACCACACAGUACAGGGAGGAGGAAGAAUCUAUUGCAUUUAACAAUGCACCUGACUAUGCCGUAUCUGGGCAACCUGUCAAUGAGAACAGCUCAUCCGCUCCCUACAGUGCAGGUGGUCCUGAGUCAGAAACUCUUGUACUUCAGCAAGGAGCCAAAGGAAACUCAUUUUCCUCAGAAAAAACAGAUUCUUCUGAAGAUAUAAUUCAGGAUGUUCAUGAAGAACACAGUGUGCAUUUAAUGGUUAAUAAACUACCAAAAGACUGCCUUAAUUCCAUAGAAGAUACAGCUCAAGUGGAAAAGGGUACAAUUGUGCCUGAUGCACGGCUCUUGGAUAAUUCAAACCUGCUUUCUUCUUUAGAGAAAGAAGUGAUGGAAGAUAUGGGGGAAGGGGAAAUACAUUCUUUACUCGAAAUCUCUUCGCAAAAAAUGUUUCACAAUAUUAACACAACUCAGAAAGUACUUCACUCAGGGAGUUCACCACAGCAUGAUGAGAAGGAGAAAUUUGUAAGCACAAGCUAUACUACAACAAACAGUAAAAAUGCAAAUGCAGAGUUCCCUGGUGUAGCUGGAUAUCGGCAUAAGCCCAGAGAAAAUCAGGGACACAGGACUUCUGAAGGGUGCCGCAUAGACCAACCAGGCAGCACUGCUCCUGAGAACACUUCAGCCCUUUCAGAAGAGUUUCUAAAUUAUAAUAGGAACUUCAGCACUUCUGAAUGUUCUCCUGGUCUCCUGAAUUGUCCAGCAUCAUUUGCAGAUGUUUUGAUUGCCAGCAGUGAAGACAAAGGUAAAAAUGAUGCUGUUGUCUCAGAAGAAACAAAGUACUUUGAAAGUGAAUCAACUGAUUUAAGUGUACCUGUAACUUUUCCUGAUGUUUCUCAAAAAGGAGAUGACAGGAAAAAUAAUUCUGCAGUUGCAGAGACCACACAUGCUCAGAAUAAUAAACUCCCUGAAAAAGUUGUGAGAACAGAUCAAAAAGGGAAAAUAAUUCAACGUUCUUUCCAGAACUGCAAUGACAUGAAAGAAAAGAAAAUUCAGGAGUACCCAGCACACAACAGUAAUACUUCUAGUGUGACUGUACCAGCACUGGACUUGCUUACUUUUCAGAGCCGAGGAGAGACUAGCAGUAACAAAUCAAAGUCUCUUCCAUCCUGCUUUGCAGAAGAUACUCCAACUGAUACACCAUUUCAAAGCUCCAAGAAUUUUAGUGCUUUUGACACUUCUUGUUUACUUGAUGAUUCAAAAUCUCUAAUAUUUCGUCAGCUUGAGGACUCACUUCAAGACACUUUUUUGACUGAGCAAGUAUCCUCCAGUUCUGCAAAUGUGUGUUCUGUAGAAGAAGAUAUCCCCCAAGCAUUUGCAAUUGUCAAUCACAUAUCCUUAACACCAUUUUCAGAAUCUUCUUUAACUGCAGAUAUAGGCCAUGGUGAAACUGACACACAUGAUAUUUCACAUACAAGUAUAUUGAAACAUUCUCCAUUUGCUGUUUUGCAAAUACAAGACACUCAGUCUGAUAAGGCUGUGGUAUUCGAUGAGCCGGUACGUGUUUCAGGAAGUAUUUUACUUUCUCUUGCAAAAGAAAACAGGCAUUGUCCAGUGUCGGACAGAGACUCUACUUCAUAUAAAAAUUCUGCUGUAGAUGAGGAACCUGUGUAUGGAAGUCAUUGUAAAAAAUUCAACAAUGAUAUAAAAGUUGAUCAGCACCACUGUGGUAAAGUUCCACCGCAAGAAGCUUGCACAGAACACAUCAAGAAAGUACUAGGUGAUGAUGAGUCUCUUUUAUUACCGUCGUUACCAUUUUGGGAUACUGGAAGGGCAAUCGCUGUUCAAGAGGGACAAAUGAGAAAAAUACUUAACAGAAAUGAGGAAGAACUGCAUUCAAAUACUGACACAGAACAUUUUGCAGUUCCAGAGCAGAGAAAAACAUCAAGUAGAGAACCUGUUGAAAAGCAAACUAAUGUAUCCUCAAAUUCUGCAAAUGGAUUAAUAGGCCCAGAAAAUCUGUAUCCAGGAAAUGUCGAUGUGGCUCCUGAAUACACCUGCAAUUCGUUUAGUCCAACAUAUCCCACAUACAGCACAAGCACUGAUCCCAGACGGCUGUAUCGCACUGUCCUGGGUUUUGAAAAAAACCCUGGAGAUCUGCAAGACAGUUGUCAGUAUGUGCCUACAGGUGAACAGGCAGAACAGGUGCCAGAUAGAAUAAAUACAGAUGGCAGAAAAGAGAUUUUAAUUUGUAAAAUUAAUACAGGUCCAAGUGUUGAUAGCCCAGCUGAUGAUGAUGAUGCAGACAAUUGUCCAACAAUGGGAGAUGCUAUAAUGAGGAAUAAGACUCAGAAAUCAGAAAGACUGAAGUUUGCUGUAAUGAAUAAUGAAAGUACUUUUGUAAAGUUUUUACCAGAAAACUAUGAUUUGCCUCCUCAAGAAUCCAAACUGGUGCAAUUUGGGAGCAAAAGAUCAUAUUCUACUACACGGAAUACAAAGAGCUGUAAACCAAGUGAACAGAGAUCUUAUUUACAAAGUCACAGACUGUCAGCCCCAGCUAUUGCAGUGUUCUCUGAUCUAGAAUAUACUUCAGAAACUUCAUCUAAGGCCGAUCAUUUGUUAUAUUCUGCAUCUAAAUCACUACAAGAUUUAAAUAUGAGUGUAGAGCCUCCAUCACCAACUGAAGAUGAGCUUCAUGGAAUUGGAAGAUUUUCAACGCAGGAAUCAAAGAACUUUCUACAGGUUAAGUCUAAACCUAGACUUCAGCAAAGAAUGGCACAAACUAAGCAGCUUGCCAACUGUGAUCUGAAAAAUUUACAGAAUUGUUCAGCAAGAACCCAAAGCAUCCAGUCUUUAAAAGACCGUACUACUCAUUCUCCGUCAUCCUUACUGCACACAGUGCACAGUUCUGUGGGUGCAGAAGCAAAUAUCCAUUCAAAGAGUAGUUCUGUAGCUCAGUGUAGUGAAGGGAAAGCUGAGGAAGCUGGAUACCAGCCAGAAACAGAUUUAUUUUUGCAAGACAAUAAAGAUGCAAUGCAUUUUAGUUCAAGUGAUAUCAACCCAUACAUACAUCCAUGGCAACAAGACGCAUCCUGCAAGAUUGGCUGGAAACAAUAUGUUUUUGGGAGUGCAAGUGAUGUGUCUUCCAAUCAAAUUCCUUUAAACGUGGAAAAUCGUAAAGUUAUGAGAUGUUCCAGUGUAGACAAUGGAUUGAAUUCGCAAAAUUCUCCUUUUCAUUCUCAUCUCAGUUCAUAUGCUACAGCAAAAGUUUUAUCAAGCACUUUAAGCAGCAUUGAAGGUCUGCAAGGAUGGGACAAUGUCAGACGAGAUUUUCAAUCUGCAUACUCAAGUGACAGUACUAAGCAGUAUAGCAAUGUAUCCAGUGAAACAUUGGAAACCAAUCCAGAAAAUAACACUGCUGAAUUUGAGAAUCCUUCUGCACAGCCUGGUAACCCUUCAAUGCAGGUUGAUGAAAUUGUACUGUUGUAUCCUUCUGAGUCUGAAAGGUCUGCCAAAAAACUGACAGGGAUUACAUGUGAGCAGGGAACACAGACAGCAACUACAGGAAGGUAUAAAAGGCAGAGAAGACAUCAGAGAAGCUAUACAGAUGUUUCUGCAAGAAAGCAGGAAACAAACAGAGAUUUAUUUCAUCAACCUUCUUCUUGGACAAGCAUGCAGAACCUGUCCAUGCAUCUGUCACAGCUUCUUCAGAACACCUCUGAGCUGUUGGGAAACCUCUCCCAACAGAGUAUUAUAGAUAAUGAGCAGAGUGCCAAAAUCAACCAAAGAGGAACUGAAGAGGCUGUAAAGGCUACUAGGUCAGAUAGCUGCACUCAGACUACAGCAGAUGUAGGCACUCAAACUGAGAUUUUGGAAGAAUCUCAAAGCAAACAUGAAGAAAAACAAGUGGAGGCAAAAAUGGAAAAUGAAUUGAGGGCAGCUCCAGCAGUAAAUGUUGAUUGGAAAGGAAUAGGUGCAGAUGCGGUAGGUAAGAUUCCCAAAAGGAAAGAGGAAACACUCUCUCCUGAAGAAAGAACACAAGAACGAACAGGGAUGAGACAUCUGGGCAAUCCUGACUUCCGUGACAGUCUUGACAGCAUUUUGGAAGACUCCUUUAUGUGUCUGCCUCUCUUACCCAGAACCUCCACUCCUAUCUUUGAUUUUCAAAAAACAUCAUUAAAUGCACAGCAGAAUGUUGCUUUUGCUAGUACCAGAGUUUCAUCUGUCACGUCAUCUUCACUGAGUUUAGGGCAAGAUGGUUCUUCAUGCACUGUAGUUAGCAGCCCUACCAAUAGCACCUUUCAAUCUCCAGCGUCUUACGCUCAGGAUAAAAGAUGCGUCAAUGAACUAGAGGUUCCAGCAGAAAGAAAAUUUAGUUACAAAAACAGCCUGCUAGUUGAUAGGGCCUCUUCCCCUAUUCUUACUCUUAGUGCUAGUCGCAGCAGCCAGACCACUUUUAGCAAGUCUGUCUGCCCCAUUAAGGAACCUCUUGGAUAUUCCGCUGAUGCUCCAAUUCCUCUUCACAACCAGAGAAAGCAGAGGGCCAGUCCGCGGUCCAGCAUACAACCUCAUGUGGACAAUUUUUCACAGACAGAAACAGACAGCGAAUCGAGCACUUCUAGAGACAACAAGGGUGUAAGAAAGACAUCUGGAAGUUUCUCAGAUAAGAAAGCAGCCAAACAGUUUUUAGGACAGGAUGGUUCAAAAGACUUGGAACAGCAGCCGAGACUCACGGUUGACACCCACACCACCAUUUGUGCAAAACGACUGUAUCACUCCAGUAGUAUGUUGGAGAUGUCGGGCCACAGGGAAAUUUUGACAGGUGAUCUCAGAGACCACAGUCCACUGGCACAUUCGCUUCGUUGUAUGUAUGUCACGAGGGGAGGAAGAGGUUCUUCAGCUGGAAUCGGACAUGAAAAAUAUGUUGGUAAUUCUGAUACUGCUUUAAUUCAUAACUACUCACCUCCAGAUGCUGACAUACUUUUUAAUCAAAAAAUUAGUGCCACUUGUUCAAGAAAGACAAAUGCUGGCGCGUCUUCAGAACCUCUGGGAGAAGCAUCUUCUCUACAAUUUCACGAUUUCUGGAAAAGUGAAAACGGCUGCCCUCCCCCGCUCUCUGAUGUGAGUGAUGUGCAGACUUCCUUCCAAGUUGACAAUACAGAUUCUGUCACUGAAAGUGAAUGUGACACCGAAAUUGCUCUCAACAAAAGCACUACUUUUGCAAAGCCUUACAGGCCUCGGAGCUACAGUCUCCGUGACUUACCCAUACACAAUAAAUUUAGCAACUGGUGUGGUGUUAAGGGCAGCCCUCCUCCUUCGUUACUCAGCUUGAGUGGCAGUGUGACCGAUUUACGAAGUCAGGCAGAAAGGAAGCUGAGAAGCACGCGAGCAACAGAAACAGAAGGGAAAUCUCAGCUUUGUGACAGCAGGAGCAGAGAGAUCGAGAGGCUUCAGAGAGAGCGCGCUCAGAUCAUGUCUGGCGUUCACCUGGAUCUGCACCAGCAUCCCCUCACCGUGGAACUGACCGAAGCAAAGCUCAGUUACGGCAUCGGGGAAACGGACGCCCUGCUGAGGGUCCUGCAGAGUGGAACUGCAGAUGACCUGGUGGCGCUUCCAGUAAAGCAGCAACUUUAUGAAAGACACAUGAGGACUAUUGAAACUCUGAGGAAGGAAAGAGAAAAAAGGCUGCAAAGAUACCAAAGAAGCCGAAGUCUGAGUCCUCAAAAGCAUCUGAGUCUGUUGCAGACACUGGACACAAGUCAGAGGGAUCCAGAUCUCCCCAGCAGACGUCGAGAAUAUCUGCAACAACUGAGAAGAGAUGUGGGGGAAAAUUACAGAGUUCAAGAACCAAAAAGAAGAAGCAUUCAGCACCCUUCAGACAUUGAACUUUUGCUCCGAGACUACCAGAGGGCACGAGAGGAAACCAAAUCUGAAAUUGCACGAGCCAGGGACAAACUUCGGGAGAGAGCUGAGCAAGAAAAAAGGCGUAUACGGGAGCAAAUAUUUUCUCAGUUACAGAAGGAGGAAGCAAGGCUGAAGACUCUUGCAAGUACAAACACUUUAUGUACAGACUCCAGCCUCAGCCUCUCCUCUGGCCCAACAUCUGGUUACAAUAGCAGUAACACUGCUACGUAUACUGCAGGUAACCUCAGCAGCCAGGAAGGACAGGUUUCUUCUGGAAAUGCUUUGCUUUCAAGAGAUACACGAGGUCGUUCAGCUGUUAGAAACAGUCAGCUUUAUGUGUUAGAGCAAUUACAGAAAGAUUCAACAUUUGAAGCCAGCAAAAUUCAGCCACCCCUUCCUUCAAGUAGCAUCAGCUGUAGGUUCACUCACGGAUUAACUAUUUCCGUCAGCUCCUCUUCAACAAAAGGAUACCAAGAUUUAGCCAAACAUAUCCUGGCUAAUGCUACCACUGAGGUAAUGGCAGCAUGCUCUCAUAACCUGAGAAAUCUCUACACGUGCCAAGCAGCAGCUGGUUGGAAAUAUCAGUGUACGGAAAAAGAAGUGCUGGUUUACUACAAAGUCUUCCCCUCAGCAACAAGGCACGGGUUUCUGGGAGCAGGAGUGAUAGAAAGACCUCUUCCCUCUGUGUGGGGACUGGUGAGAGAUCCAGGCAAAAGGCAUCUGUACGACAGAACUAUCAACACAGCUCGAAUACACAAGAAGGUAACCAGCCAUAUCCACCUGGUAUAUUUAGUGACCGAUACCUCCCUGUGUUACCUAAAGCAGCCCCGGGAUUUCUGCUGCAUUACUGUAGAAGCCAAAGAGGAGAACCUGUCUGUCUUGGCUAUUCAGUCUGUCUAUGAUGCAUCCAUGCCACACCCUUGUAGAGAAGUGGUGAGAGGGGAGAUUUUGCCAAGUGCUUGGAUACUGGAACCUGACAUAGUGAACGGAAGAGAUAUCACCAGAGUUAUUUACAUGGCACAGGUGGACCUCGGUGCCCCGGCUAUCCCCGCAAGGCUCCUGAGUUCCCUUGCUAAGCGACAGCCCCUGGUGAUUGCGCGACUGGCACACUUUCUUGCCAGUUAG